AUGGUUGGACGACAGACGAUCCGAAUGGACAGUGGUAAUGGCCCCGGGACGGUGGUGGAUGAGAGCCCCGCAUCCAGCCCUAGCUCCAGUCCCAGUCCGGACGGACGCCGCCGGGAGCUGCAGCGGCCCAGGGUGAUGCAGGCCAGCGGGCUGGGCAGCAGAGGACGGCCGGCAGCGGCCAAUGCAGCGCGGGAGAGGAGCCGAGUGCAAACUCUGAGACACGCUUUCCUGGAGCUACAAAGGACUCUGCCAUCGGUGCCGCCGGACACCAAGCUGUCUAAACUCGACGUGUUGAUAUUGGCCACCACGUAUAUUGCUCAUUUGACUCGAACGCUGCAAGAGGAAGGCAUGGAGGAGGGAGAGAGCACAAAACAAACAGAGGCAUUACACUCGCUCAAAGGUGAAGGAUACCUGCACCCGGUGAAGAAAUGGCCAAUGCGAUCCAGACUGUACGUCGGAGCAACCGGACAGUUCCUGAACACUUCAAAUCACUCAGAGUCAGAGAAUCAAGGCCCAUCUUCGUCCACAUCCCAGUAA